ACAAAGGACACUGAAUGGCCAUGUUUAUUCAUUUCUUUUGUUUGUGUCCUCUAAGCCUCAUUAUCAAGCUGAAUAUUAAUACAUCGAAAGUGGCCUAUUGACCCUAUUCCAAAAAGGAUGUUUUGCUAGCAAGCAGGUGGCUAUGGAAAUGACGAAUCAACAUGAAUUAGUUUAAUAUCUGACUGGCAUACGAUCUUCUUUAUCCCAUGUGUUAUCUUUGUCUGUAAAACCAACAUAUAAGCAAAAACUGUUAAAAAUCGGUGGAAGGGAAUGAAUGACUUCUCACCUGCUUCCAAUAAUAGUCUGGUAGUCAAUGUAACUAUACUAACAGGGCUAAUUCUCAUUUCUGAGUUACCACGAAUACAGAGCUAAACCAGGAUCCAAGCACUCAAUGAUGAGCAAGCCUGAAAAAUCUUACGUAGAAGAACAUUAUCGCUCGGUAGCUAACAAGUACGAAUACCUCUACAAAGAAAUGUAUAAAGGAUUCCUUCCCCAUCUGAUGAAAUCCUUGGACUUGAAGCCGCACCACAUUGUCGCAGACAUUGGUAGUGGAAACGGCUUCAUUGCCGAGAACAUCUUUGAAUCGUUCGUGCUGAAAAACCCUGUUUGGUGCGUGGAUCCCAGCGCAGAAAUGCAAGAAGUAGCGCGUAAAAGGAAAGGAACUUACCCCGUUCAAAAAACGGCGGAAGAAUUUUUUUCUGAUUCGAAAAUCAGCCAGUGUUUUGAUACGAUUCUAGCAGUAUUCAGUACACAUCACUUUGUUGAUCCCAAUUCUGUGUACGAGGGAAUAUUUCGUUCUCUUCGACCCAGUGGUUCAUUUGUUCAAUUUGACUCGAUGAGUCAUAGUCAUCCAAUGUUCAAAAUGGCCGCGAAUGGCUACAGCAGCUAUUUUCAAAAGGUAAGCGAGAGGAAGGAGUUUUUCCGUGAGAUUAAGUUUCAGGGGAAAUUCUCCCAAGAAGAGUUCUCCUUUGCAUGGAGUCUGACAAAAUCCAAGUUAUAUGAGAUGUUUCGGCGUCGUUACGUGAGUACAUUUUACCAGUUCACCGAUGAACAAAUUGAAGAAGGAAUUAAAGAAGUCGAGAGCGAGACGUUAAAAGAUGUGAAGGAUGAGGAUCUCAUCAACUGUAACACUGUGGUUCUGGUGACGAAAUUUGAACUUGAGUAGCGC